GAAAAGAGAGAGAGAGAGAGAGAAGGAAAAAAAAAAUCCCCAAAUCGAAUCGAUCGGAAUUUGCUUCUCCGUUGAGGCGAGGCGAGGGCGAAGGGGGAACGAAGUGGAAGGAGAUUUGGAUUGAUUGGUUGGACGCCGGCGGCGCAGAUCCCCAAUUCGAUCUCCUCCUCUUCGAUCUUCAUCCUACCCUGCCUGCCAGUGCCAGUAUAAGAUUCUUAUGAGCUGGUCGGCUGUGGUUUUCCCUCAAUUCUGGUGCUACUAAGAUGGGUCAGGAGCUCACCACAAACAAGCCUCUCACAACCCUCUUACCAACGGAUGAAAUAGCAACCGCCUACCAUUUCUCCCUCCUCCUCUCACCUGUCGUCUCCUUUUGGGACUGCAUCUUCCGCAAGAUAAGAUACUCAUUCAGACCUGAGUGGGUGUAGCAUCCUGCACUGCCUGUUUCUUUUUAGCGCUAGCCAGUGCUUUGCUUUCUGGCCUGGAUCACUCCAAACAAUGAACUUUGAAGCUUUUGCUUUCCCGUAAUUACAAUUACAGUCACUAGUGGAGUUUAGCUGAAAAUAGUACAUAGUUGUCAUGGAAAAGGCCGCGGCCAAUCAGGCGGGCAAAGUCUUGAAGAAAGGUAAGAAGAAACAAGCCAAGGAUGAAUUAGAUCGCCAGAAGCAGGCUGAGAAGAAGAGACGGCGGCUGGAGAAAGCGCUUGCAAACUCCGCUGCCAUUAUAUCUGAGCUGGAAAAGAAGAAGCAGAAGAAGAGGGAAGAACAGCAAAGGCUGGAUGAGGAAGGUGCUGCGAUAGCUGAAGCAGUUGCUCUUCAUGUCCUCAUUGGUGAGGACUCCGAUGAACCCUGCCAUUUGAUGCUAAACAAGCACAGAAGAUGCAACCAUUGGGAUCACUCAGCUGGUUUUGAUUUCGCCGUGGAUGCACAAGGCGCUGAUAUUUAUCCUCCUGAUGGACUGAUACAGUGCGCUGAUCAUGUUUAUGCUCCCAAAGGGAGGUGUAUUGAUUGGGGGAUUGGCCAGCCAUUGCCAUCUUGGGGAGAGGUGAAGGACUUGCAGUUGCAGGCACCGUGCUACCAAGGAAUGUUCCACCAGUCAGUUGCAUGCCCAGGUUUCAUAGCAGCUCAAGCGGUCUCCUCCUUGCAAAUCGGAGGAGAUUCGUCAGAUAUUACCUCUCCAAGCCAAGGAGCGACUGUCGUUAAUAGGAUGCUUGGUGCCACCAACAGGCUCAACCUUUACAGAGAGAUAUAAAAACAUACACUUCACGAUAUUAUUAUUGUAUAUAGUCAUCAAACUUGUGUUGACUACUUUGCCUGCAGUAUAUCUCAUAACCAAAGAAGAAUUGGAUAGAACACCUUGUUUACUGUUUCUGUGAGUCUAAAAGGAUAUCUUAUAUCAGUCAAAUUGGUAUUGUAAUGAACAUAUUGUUUUGAUUCCCUGUUGAUUUUCUUGGAAUGUAUCCUGUGUCGACUUGAUGUUCUGUACAGU